AGUGUACCUGGGUUUCUGUUCCUGGCCUCACUUACGCAACCAUCGAACGACCCAACGCCCUCCGUCUGUCCGGCGGCUGCCCACAGGCUCGAGGUUGCUUUUGCAGUGUCACCGCUUGCCUCGGCUCCUGCACUCUGCUUUACCGCCACUUGGCCCUUCGGCCAACCCUUGAAGAGAUGGGCUGUGAAAUUUGCUCAGCGUGUAACGCCUUGCUCUCGGCACGGCAUUCCUGCGCGCGCGGCACCCGCUACUGGCUCUCUCUCCCCCGUUCUCUCUGUCGUUGUCGCCGCGCGUUAUCUCACUCUCCUCAAUUUUUGCCCAUCUCUUUCUUUCCCCUCUUCUCCUCUGUUCCCCAUGAGCCUGUCUAUGCUCCUGGCCCUCACAGCUUGUCCCGCAAUGUUGGGCACGCAGGAAGCAAUCCACCAAGGCCAGGCCAAAAAUCGCCGUGAGGAACAUCGCGCCCGCAGGUGCAACCUCAUUGUCACUUGCGUCAAGGUCUCGCACCGAGCCUCCCAACUCAAUGGCAAGUUCAUAGCCUUGAAGAAUGCAAAGCUCUAUAUAAGCAAUGGCGGCGAAGACGAGCAUUUCUUUCACGGCUACUACCUCCCCUACCCGGACACCAAAUACGAAGGCCUGGUCAGUACCAUCACGUCCGUGGCGCCCAUCCUCAACUGGAUCUACAUCGACAAAGACACGUACGAAGUCAAGUACGGGGUGCGGGACAGCGCGCAGCCGCACUUAACAGGGCCAUUCGACUGCACACGGCAAGACCGACGCCUCACGUUCGAGGAAUGGGAGGGCUUCGUCGCCGUCGAGGAGCAGCCCGGCCAGUGGGCUCUGUACUUUGACCGCGACGACAACGGCUUGCGCGGCAAGAUCCAGCCGGGCAAGAAGUCCCUCGAGGUCACAUUGAAGCGCAUCGAGCGGAAAAAAACUAAGGAAGACGCGGAAAAGGAGAGGGAGCAGGCCAAGGACGAACGGGUCCGCUAA